AGUCCCAAACGUGCGGCCGCCCUUCCCCACCCACCUUCAUACCUCCUCCAGCCCAGCCACUCCCACCCCUUCUCUCUCUUGUAUCCGUUUUCCCACGCAGUCCAGGACUCCUAAACAAUUCAAACCUCUCUCCUAUAUUUCCCCGUAAUUUUCCUUCUCCUAUAUAAGAAAAAAAAACCAAAACCCUUCGCUCCACGCACCCCCACUCCGCCACCCUCUCCCUCUUCUCUGCAUUCGCCAUCGAUAUAAAGCAACAGUGAUCACUCAACGAAAGAAAAACAAAUCCAUCUCCAAUCCUCUCGAGCGUCGAUAUAUUAUCUUAUCUUCAUCAAAACUAAAUCCAUCUUCCGGCCAUAUCCCCCUCUGACGAGAAACCGAUCCAUAUCUCUUUUGUUUAUAAAUUGAAUCGAUCAACCGCUGCGGUUUUUAGGGUUUUGGUUUUAGGGUUUUCGGGGAGGCGAGGCCCACCAUGGACGACCUCGAGAAGGCGAUCCUCCUAGUCUACGAGCCAGGCGCCGCCGACCCGGGCCUUCGUGCCCAAGCCAUGGCCUUCUGCGAGCAGGCCAAGUCCGACCCCUCCGCCCUCCUCCGCCUCUGCCUCGACCGCCUCCACCGCUCCCCCCUCGUCCCUGUCCAGUUCUGGUGCCUUCAAGCCCUCCACGACGCCAUCCUCCUCCGCUACCGUUCCCUGCCCCUCGCCGACCUCCCCCUCCUCCGCUCCUCCCUCCUCUCCCUCGCCUCCGACCACCCCCUCCUUCCCUCCUCCUCUCCCUUCCUUCGCAACAAGCUCGCCCAGGCCAUCGCCGCCCUCAUCCGCAUCGAGUACCCCGCCCUCUGGCCCUCCCCCUUCCUCCAGCUCGUUCCCCGCCUCCCCUCCGCCGACUCCCUCGCCGUCGACAUGUUCGCCCGUCUCCUCGCAGCCCUAGACGAUGACCUCCUCAGUCAGGACUACCCCCGCUCGCCCGACGAGGCCGCCGCCGCCUCCCGCGUCAAGGACUCCAUGCGCCUCCAGUGCGUUCCCCAGAUCGCUCGCCACUGGUUCGACGCCGUUUCCCUCUACCACUCCUCUGACCCCCACCUCGCCGCUGCCGCUCUCGACACCAUGAGGCGGUAUGUUCCCUGGAUAGACAUCACUCUCGUCGCCAAUGACGCCUUCAUCCCCCUUCUCUUCGAUCUCAUUCUCGCCCCUGCCUCGCCGGAGCAGCUGAGGUCUGCGGCCGCUGGCUGCGUCCUUGCCAUCGUCUCAAAGAGAAUGGAGCCCCAUUCGAAGCUUGCCUUGCUCCGCAGUCUCCGGGUGAGCCGGGUGUUUGCCGACCCGGAUCUCGUUGUAAAGCUUGCGACCUUGAUAACUCGCUAUGCAUCCGAGGCUCUGGAAUGCUACAAAAGGUUGGGUUCGGAGGGAAUUGAGAGGUCUUCCUCUUUGGAGCUUCUUGAGGAGGCCUUGCCGUCGGUGCUCUAUGUGAUGCAAAACUGCGACGAAGUGGAUUCCGGCAAUGUGGUAGACUUCUUGUCGGACUAUGUGUCUACCAUGAAGUCACCAUCACAGACACAGGUAGUCUACCUGGGACAGAUACUAGAAGUGAUUCGAGUGCAGAUAUGCUACGACCCGACUUAUAGAAGCAAUCUUGACAUCCCUGAUAAGAUUGGGAGGGAGGAGGAGGACCAGAUGGGCGAGCGCCGGAAGGAGCUGUUCACACUUUUCCGUAGUGUGUGCAGAGUGGCGCCCGAUGCUGUGCAAUUGUUUAUCAGGAAUCUGUUAGUUAAUUCUAUUCCCUCUUUAGAAAUGAAUGUGGAGGAAGUAGAAGCUACACUGACCUUGUUCUACCGGUAUGGUGAGACGGUGAGUGAAGAAGUAAUGAGGACAGGUGGUGGGUUGCUGAGGGAGUUGAUCCCGAUGCUUCUGUCGGCACGGUUCUCAUGCCAUUCGCAUCGUGUGGUGGCACUCGUUUAUUUGGAAACAGUCACCAGGUACAUGAAGUUUGUGCACGAGAAUGUUCAGUACAUACCUCAUCUGCUGGCUGCUUUUCUGGAUGAGAGGGGAAUACACCAUCAGAACCUCAAUGUGAGCCAACGAGCUAGUUAUCUAUUCAUGAGAGCCGUGAAGUUACUGAAAGCAAAGUUUGUGCCAUUCUUAGAUAAAAUUCUGCAGAGCCUGGAAGAUACGGUAGCUCGGUUCACAAGUGUAGAUUGGACGUCCAAAGAGCUGAAGUGCUCUGGUUCUGAAGAUGGUAGUCAGACAUUUGAGGCAAUUGGACUAUUGAUUGGUGUGGAAGAUGUGUCGCCUGAAAAGCAAUCUGAGUACUUGGCAGCAUUGCUCAAUCCUCUUUGUCAAAAGAUUAAAGCAUUGCUUUUGGAUGCCAAAGCACAGGUGCUAGAAGAAUCUUCGGCAAAAGUUGUGAUGCUCCAGCAGAUUAUUGUGGCAUUGAAUGCUCUUAGCAAGGGAUUUAAUGAGAGGCUAGUUUCUGGUAGUCGUCCUGCAAUUGGCAUUAUGUUUAAGCAGACGCUCGAAGUGGUUUUGCAAAUCCUUGUCAUGUUUCCAAAUAUCAAACCUUUACGGAAUAAGAUUACCUCCUUUCUUCAUCGCAUGGUCGACAUCUUAGGAGUAUCUAUAUUUCCAUGCCUUCCUAUGGCAUUGAAGCGGCUGCUUGUGGAGAAUGAGCCGAAAGAUAUGGUGGAUUUUAUUGUAUUAAUCAAUCAAUUGAUAUGCAAAUUUAAUACCUCCAUGGGGUGCUUAUUGGAGAUGAUAUUUCCAGCUAUUGCAAGUAGAUUAUUUGCUAUUCUUUCAAGUGAUGCAUUUCCGUCAGGAUCUGGAGCCAAUACUGAGGAAUUACGUGAACUGCAAGAACUACAACAAACAUUAUACACAUUUCUUCAUGUUAUGGCAACCCAUGAUCUUUCUUCAGUUUUUCUUGCUCCAAGUUGUAAGGGGUAUUUGGAUACUGUAAUGCAUUUGCUCUUGUUAGCUUCUUGCAGUCAUAAGGAUAUGCUUCUUAGGAAGCUGUGCGUGCAAAUUUUUGUAAAACUUAUUAAGGAUUGGUGCAGCAACUUUAGUGGUGAAGAUAAGGUUCCUGGUUUCCGGAGAUUUAUAAUUGAGAAAUUUGCAACCGAAUGCUGCUUAUAUAGUGUUCUGGACAAGUCAUUUGACUUCCGUGAUGCAAAUACUCUGGUUCUUUUUGGAGAAAUUGUAUUGGCUCAGAAGGUCAUGUACGAGAAGUUUGGGGAUGAUUUUAUUAUUCAUUUUCUGUCAAAAGGUCUUCCAGCAGUUCAUUGUCCGCGAGAUUUAGCAGAACAAUACUAUCAAAAACUGCAGCAGGGACAUGACAUCAAGACUCUGAAAUCCUUCUGUCAAUCUCUAAUUGAGAAUUUGAGACAGCAUCAGAACGGAAGUCUUGUUUUCAGAUAGCAUCAUAGUAUAUUGCUGUAUCCUUAGGAGUUACUAUGAUUUUAGACUAGGUCUCUAAAUUUCUCCAGGGAGCACCUUGUUUGUCAAGUGCAGGGCAAUUUUUCUGUGUACAUGAUGCUGCAAUAUUCUUUGAGGUGAGAAGAUGUAUAUUUGCGGGGUUGCUUUCUUUCAAUAGGCCAUGGAACUUUCUGUCAGGUUUGUACUGUGAGUGUAAAUUUGGGAUGCAAGGAGCAAUGCUGUAUAUUCCUCUCUCCUUACGAGGAACCAAUUGAUUCUGUAGACUUAUUAUCUCUUUUAUUUGGCAAAUUUCAAGCCACUUCUCUUUCAUAAGUUCAGAGUUUGAGACAGCCGGAAAUAUUAGUUGCUGGAAAUAUUAGCUACUAGAAUGUGGGGUCCAUGAAGACAGUAGAAGAAGAGAGAAGAUUUUGUCCCCUUGUGGCUGACAAUCUGUGCCUUUAUUGGUUGGUCAUGCAUCUCAGGAUCAUUCUCAAAGAAUCCCGCAAAUUCCCAAAAUGGGUGGUGAUUUUUUUUAGUUGCAUGAUAAGGACUAAUUGUACAAGUGAAUGGUGGAGAUAUUUUUUUUUAAUUAUAUCUUUUUUCCGUUUUGAGACUAUAUUGGGUGGACGGCAUGAAUGGAUUUCAAGCCAUGUAUCAAGUUUCUGUCCGGUAAGCGUCUGAAUGAUGAUGUAAUCAUGUCAUGAUGAUGUUUGCAGGAAUAGGAUUUUGUUAAGUUGCACUUUCGUUUUUUUUUAAAA